AUGCCUCCUGAAAGCAGUUUGUUUUUGAAAAGUAUGGUUCUCGGAAGCAUUUGCUGUGCCUUGAUCACUACGCUGAGCCAUUUUAGGAUUGGUCGUGAACAUAGACGGCACUACCAUGAGCAUCAUCACCUACAGGUUCCUAACAAAGAAGAUACCUUGAAAAUUUCAGAGAAUGAGCGCAUGGAGCUCAGUAAGAACAUACGGGUGUACUGUAUCAUCCUUGUAAAACCCAAAGAUGUGAGGCUUUGUGUUGCAGUGAAGGAGACUUGGACCAAGCACUGUGACAAAGCAGAGUUCUUCAGUUCUGAAAACAUUGACAUGUUUGAUUCAGUUAAUAUGGAAACAAAUGACAUGUGGAUAAUGAUGAGAAAAGCCUAUGAAUAUGCCUUUGAUAAACAUAAAGACCAAUACAACUGGUUCUUCCUUGCACUGCCCUCUACAUUUACCAUUGUUGAAAACUUAAAGUAUUUUUUGUUUAAAAAGGAUCCAUCACAACCCUUUUACUUAGGUCACAUUAUGAAAUCUAGAGAACUUGAAUAUGUGAGUGCGAAAGGAGGAAUAGUCUUAAGUCUAGAAUCCAUGAGAAGAUUUAACAGCCUUCUUGGUUUCCCUGAGAAGUGUCCUGAACAGGGAGGGAUGAUUUGGAAGAACUCUGGAGACAAGCAACUUGCAGUCUGCCUGAAAUAUGCUGGUGUGAUUGCUGAAAACGCUGAAGAUUCUGAAGGAAAAGAUUUAUUUAAUACAAAAUCUGUUAGACUUUCUAUUGAAGAUGCAAUAACUAAUAAUCUCCAGGAGGUAGCAAAAGGCUGUUGUUCAGAUAUGGCAAUUACUUUUAAUGGAAUGACAGCUAAUCAAAUGCAUGUGAUGAUGUAUGGAGUGUACCGUCUUAGAGCAUUUGGACAUGUUUUCAAUGAUAUAUUGGGUUUCUUACCUCUGAAUGGUUCUGACAAUGACUGA